AUGAAACAGGAAGAGUUCAGGGAAUGCUUCUAUUUAUUCGCCCGCUCCGGCCAGAUCACCUCUCUGGAUGAGUUGACGGUCGUCAUGAGGUCUUUGGGCAUGAGUCCCACUAUACAGGAACUAACAGGUUACUUGAAGGGUAAGGGUGGUAAAAUGUCAUUUGCCGAUUUCCUCGAGGUCAUGCACAUACAUUCAAGAGCGGAGAAUUUACCUCAUGAGGUGGUUGAUGCGUUCAGAGCUGGUGAUUCAGAACGUAGAGGAACCAUUCCGGCUCGACAGUUGAGACAUUUACUACAGAAUUGGGGAGAGGGAUUAUCUUCUAGGGAGAUUGACAAUAUCUUCCGCGAAGCGAACGUAACGAACAAUGGAACAGUCCGUUACGAGGAUUUCGUUAAAAUAGCCUGCGCCCCCGUACCAGACUACUACUGA